AUGUCUAGCGCCACCGCCAACAACCACCCUCCACAACCACAACCGCCGCCGCUGACGGAUGUAGAAUUAGUCCAGCUAGCCCAACAGCAUCACCGCCCUAUCUCCUCCCAAUCUACACCUGUCCGCCUCCCGCCAUUUCUUCUCUCCGAGUCCUCCCACCCUACUCUCCUCUCCUACCUCGAUUCACGCGCCGCCUCUGUUAAUUCGUCUUCUGCCGUGGCCGAAUAUAUUUCCGCCCUCUUUUCUCUGAUCUCCCACCACCCCUCCGUCCUCUCGUCCCUCCUCCCCUCCCUCCUCCUAUCUUAUCUUCCCCUCUUCAUUUCCCGCAAAAUCCCGCACGAUCACCACUCUCUCUCCACUCUCCAGCUCUUCGCCGUACACCUUGAUGCAAUUGACAUUACGAAAAUUCCCGAAACUAUUGAUUUAAUCAUCAUGUAUCUUCAUGAUGUCAAGGAUUUUGAAGAUGCCCAUGUCCUAGUUCUCCUCCCAAAGUGUCUUGAAUUAGUCAGAAUCUCCAAUGAAAUCGAGAAGCCCAUUGAGUACAUAAACUCGGUGAUUGAUGGUUUGCUUAAUUGUGAGUGGAGCAAGGUUGUGUUGGUGAAAUUGGUGGAAAUAAUCCGCGAUUUUUCAUGUAUCGAUAAAGGGAGAAAAAGGGAUUUUUUGGAAAAAGUUUUUAAUGGAAUGCAAAACAACAUCGAAAUGCAGGAUUUGCCGGGGCUGGUUUACCAAUUAUUGGUGUUGGCCUCAAAAGGUUUCGGUAAAAAGGAGGUGAUUGAAGGGAUUGCUUCUUAUUUUGGUGGUAAAAUCAAGGGUGGUUCAAUCAUGAGGCAAGUGGAGGGGACUGUUUUGCUGCAUGUAAAUUUUGCAGUAAAGCAGGAUCCUUCGUUGGGACAGGAGGUUUUGGGGCUGGUGAGGUCGGAUUCUCGGGCUCUGAAUCAUUUUACCAUUGCCCUUUUGCUGUCGGUCGCUAGAAUUAGGAGGUUCAGUGAGAGUGCUAUUGGAGUUCUCAGAACUGCAUUGUUUAAUGCUUAUAAAGAUUACAACUUCGCAAAAGUCUGCAAAUGGCUAUCAGAUGAACUGAAGGAAGAAUAUCUGCAGAAUGCCAGAGUUAUAGAGAAGGCCGUGCUUAAAGCUGUUAAUGAGAGCCAUUAUGGAAGAGAGCACAUUGUACCGAGCAUUGUUCAAUUUGGAUUUGGAUUACUAGAAGGAGUGGAAGAAGGAAACCAAAAAAAAUUGUCCAAGUCAGAUGGUCUGAUGGGUUCUGAGGAGCUGGCUACUCAGGUGCUGAAAAGUUUAUUUGAAAUGCAUGACAUGGCAAGAAAUGAGAUAAUCGAGCAAUGCAAAUUUCGGGUUCUUUCUUUAAAGCCUGAACGAGGCCAUCCCGUCAUAAGACUGCUCGGAUAUCUCGUUCUGAUUCACCCACACCCAAUGUUAGAUCAUGUUUCACACUUGAAGGAAAUGCUGGAUUAUUUCACAUUCAUGCAUGACAAGAUUUCCUCUCAUCUUGUUACUGUUCUAUUACCUCUCAUCAAGAUCAGUCGUGUUCUUCAGGACUAUACCAUCUUGGUAUUGCGUAAGGCUAUGUUUAGACGAGAAAGUUCGGUUCGUCUUGCUGCUACUGGAGCUAUUAUUGAUCUGAUAUUAACAUGUAAGCAAUCAAAAGGAGAUAGACUGUUUUCUUUUCAAGAAUCAAGUAGUCAGGCAAGUUGCAGCCAGCAAGCUGAAAUACCCAUUGCAACUGGCGCAGGGCUUUUCGAAGAGCUCAGUGGUUUGCUACAAAGAUGUCUUUAUCAGCAGCUCGCAAAUUUGCUGCAUUUUCUUCCAAAGUGGUCGGAGACAAUGGCCGCAGACAAAUGGGUGCUUGAAAAUGACGAAUUCGUGUACAGAAUCAGCACAGCUGAAGAGUGGGAGGACCUUCAGAGAAGCGAAGCUACAUUUGGUGGAGAUAUCGACAAAUCAACUGGUUGUAUCCAUCUUAGCAGGCUUCACCAGGUCCCAUCGACUUUACAGAACUUUUUCCUGAAUGUCAAGGGAGAUUUGUACCUACUCCAAGUUGCUGCAGUAAAGCACGGAAAAGGAUUGGUUUAUGAAGCUGUUGGAAACUCCAAUUGUUUCCCUCAUUUCUAUGGCCCAUCUCGAAGUUUUAGUCCUCUUCCACUGGAUGCCAUCACAAAAGCGGAGAAGCUGAUUCUAUCUGAUGGCAAAUUCAGUUGCAGCUUGCUGAACUGA